AUGGAACAGAAGAGAUUUGCCAAUGUUAAUAGAAACAAGCAAAAAGACGGCUUCCCCUGGAGACUAAUGCUAUGCGUCAGCGAUAUCGACGCUCCAAAGGAACCGAAGAGCAAAGGCUGCAAAGAUGACACGAAGAUACGCUUGGCCAUCAAACGAAACACUCCCAAGAAACCGAAUAGCAAAUGCUCCAACGAAGGCACCAAGACGUGA